UGCAAUACUUUGCCUGUCCCUGAAGAAUCUUGCAGCUCAUUGAUGCUGAUGCUGCAGGCGGUGUUUUUUGUGUCAAGUGAGAGUUGGUCGGUUGGAGAACUGACUCCUCCCAUGCAGGGCGACAUGGAUAGGCUCAUUGAGCUGCGGUUGGCAUUUCCAUCACCUUCAGUCCAUCCGGAAGCCUUCUAUCCCCUCACCGGUCGGAAUCCAACACGGCAUGAUAGCGACGAUCCAGACCAUGUCCCGUUUUCGUCGUUCUCGAUGUUCUCGCCUCGGCUUUGGUGAAGCUAAGAAGUGGCGUCUUUUUUUUUCCUUUUUCCCCAUUUCCUGUCAUGUCUCAGCGUUGCCCUUGACCCAGCCCCAAGCCACACAUAUGCACAACAAGUCACAUUUCCACCAGAUCACCAGAUCAACCCGAUCGCCACCUGGCAGCCGUGUGCAGUCCGUACUGUGCGAAGUGAAAGGAGACUUUAGCCACUAUCUCACCAACACAUUGCUUAUUCCACCCCUUUUUUUCCCCAUGAGGCGGGCACCACAAACGGUUGGGCCCGGCACCGGGGGUUCACCUACACUAAAGCUAAAGGACUUUACGAAUUGCACUAGGUCGAAAAGACGGCGCAACAAGCGACAAGUUAAACUGACCUGUCAUUUUCACUUUCAAGGACACGCAAAAGGGGGUUUUCACCAUUUCCGCCCAAAGCGCGCCAGUUGAUCGAGGGCUUGCGUGCUGCUUGUCGAGGCGAGGGCGAGCGCGAAAGCAGAGAGCGAUGGAGCGGAUCUCGUUUCUCUUCGAGGCGCUCCAGGCCAAAAUUUUGUGUUUUCGUGUUUGCUUCUUCCUUGGUUAAUCUCCAAAAAGAAAAAAAACCUCCUCACAGGCGGGAAGACAGAGUCAGAGGUUCAUUUCAUUAUCAAAUUUGCACAAGCCUGGCAUCUGCCCCUGGGAGGGCGG